UUUUACCCACUUUAUCAUUUCAUUCCACAUUUUUAAUGGUAUUUAUAAAUUACAGAGUUGGUAUUUUGGGACUUAUGGAGAUGUUCUCUGGUUUCUUGGGACUCUCUACCACACAUUGAGAUGCUCAGACUGGGGAGGUGCUAAUGAAACACACUCCAGGCUGGAUGUCCACCUGAGGAUUGAUGCUAUUUUGACCUUUUUUAUGGCACUAAUGUGCUUUGCCUUUCCGGGUCAUGUUUAUAGAAUUCAGGUGGAUGGCAAACUGGGUAAACUUCACCUCUCUCUUGUUCGUAUUGUGGCAGCAUUCUUGUUUGGAUCCUGUGUAAUCUCUGCUUCAGCUUCAAGAUUUAGCAAUGUAGCAGAUAAACUUCAAUUUCUGACCUAUCGUAUUCUUACAAAUUCCUGCAUUAUUACAUUCCAGUUGAUUUCACAAUUUUUCACAAGUAGCUGGGGUGUAUACCAUGUGUACUUCAGCAUAAUGGUCACAGCAAUUUGGACACUGAAUGCAGGGUUGGGAUAUAUGCAUGAAGUCAAGAAAAAGAACAAAGUAGAAUAAACAUACACCAAACUGAAAUAGUAACAUAUCCUAAACUUGUACAUAAUUAUAUAUAAAGACAAUCUGUAAAGAAUCUCAUCUUUGAAAUGAAUGAAAAACUUAGUGGAGUGUUGUGAUUGUUUAAUAAAAGCAAUGAA